UGCUGCCCUGGACGGACUCUAGGCCUCCCGGGUCGGUGAAGGUGAAGGAUCUCAGGAUGGCUGGGCGAAAACUUGCUCUGAAAACCAUCGACUGGAUCGCUUUUGGGGAGGUCAUCCCCCGAAACCAGAAGGCCAUUGCAAACUCCCUAAAAUCCUGGAACGAGACUCUCUCCUCUAGGUUGGCCACUCUCCCCGAGAAACCACCUGCUAUCGACUGGGCGUACUACAAAGCCAACGUGGCAAAGGCCGGCUUGGUCGACGAAUUUGAGAAGAAGUUCAGUGCCCUGAAGGUGCCAGUGCCAGAGGAUAAAUUUACUGCACAGGUGGAUGCUGAGGAAAAGGAAGAUGUGAAGAGCUGUGCUGAAUUCUUGGCGAACUCUAAGACCAGGAUUGAGGAGUACCAGAAGGAGCUGGAGAAACUGCGGAACAUCAUUCCGUUUGAGCAGAUGACUAUUGAGGACUUGAACGAGGCCUUCCCGGAGACAAAGCUGGACAAGAAGAAGUACCCCUACUGGCCGCACAAGCCCAUUGAGAAUAUGUAGAUGUGCCCCUCAGAUGGCUGGCCCCGGACAUUAAAGAGAAUGAGGCGGUG